AUGCUCCCAAGCACCAUCAUAUAUCAUCAAUGCAUGCAUCCGUUGAAAUGUUUAAUCCGGAAACAAUUUCAUCCGCAGGUUAACGGUAGUUCUCACAAGGUCGCCUGCACACCACCUAGGCCAGUUGGGACGAGCCAGGCUUCUCAGAGAGCAGCAGCAGUGGCUGCUCUCUCUCAAGUUCUUGUUGCAGAGAAAAAGAAAUCACCUGAUACCUCGCCUACAAGAAGAUCCACUAGCUCCAACCGAUCAGAUGACAACCCUCCGACUGAAGCCAAAGAUGAGGCAGAUGCUUCAGAAGAAGCUGGUCAUGAGACCAAGGAAGAAGAGGAGGAAGUUUCAGCUGCAGUAGAGCAGGAGGAAACACAAGAACCUGAAAGUGGAGUGACUUUCAGUUAUGAGCAGCUGAGAGCUAAAUCUGAGAACCCAGUGACUGGAAUCGAUUACAAACGCAGAGAGGCUUACCUAAUUGAGGAAGAGUUCCAAAGUGUUUUUGGGAUGGAGAAGGAAACAUUCAACAAUUUGCCUCGGUGGAAGCAAGAUCUGCUAAAGAAGAAAUUGGGCUUGUUCUAA